CCUCCGGGGGUGCUCCAGCCUCCGCCACCCUGUCUACUGGAACUCCACUAACCCCAGGCUGCUUCGAGGGGAUGCUGUGGUGGAGCUGGGCCUCAACGAUUACCUAGACAUCUUCUGCCCACAUUAUGAAAGCCCAGGGCCCCCGGAGGGACCUGAAACCUUUGCUUUAUACAUGGUGGACUGGUCAGGCUAUGAGGCCUGCAAGGCAGAGGGGGCAAAUGCCUUCCAGCGAUGGAAGUGCUCGCUGCCUUUCGCCCCUUUUGGCCCUGUUCGAUUCUCAGAAAAGAUUCAGCGAUUCACACCCUUCUCCCUGGGCUUCGAGUUCUUGCCGGGAGAGACUUACUACUACAUCUCGGUGCCAACCCCAGAGAGUUCUGGCCGGUGCUUGAGACUCCAGGUGUCUGUCUGCUGCAAGGAGAGCAGGUCCGAGUCCGCCCAUCCUGUUGGGAGCCCUGAAGAAAGUGGCACAUCUGGGUGGCGGGGAGAGCAUGCUCCCAGCCCCCUGUGUCUCUUGCUGCUGCUGCUGCUCCCAAUACUCCGUCUCCUUCGAGUUCUGUGAGCCAAGUACACCUUCUCGUCACCCUAAGAAACCAGAGCCAUCCUCUAACCAGCUAAGCUCCUCUAUUGAAGGGGUUCCUGCCACCAUACCCAUGAUGCCACACCAGGCAGACACGAUGAAGCUUUGAUGUGGAAAGUCAGAGGAUCUGAGGUGACCCUUGUAGGUGACUGCCCCCUCACCACAGGCUGAAGAGGAACUGUGAGGGAACAGCAGACAGUCCAGGGCACCCUGGAACGUAGCUGCUUUGAUGGUCUUGUCUCCUCCCCCUAGAAGACCGGGAUUUGAUGGGAUCAAAUCCUUGAGCCACUGGGGGCCAAAGCCAAAGACAUGGGAACAAGUGGGCUCCUGGCCAAGAGCAAAGGGGAAGCCAUGUCAUCUGUGCCCUCUAGGACUCUUCCCAGGGGCAAUUGUUGCCCUCCCAGGGGGCCAUUCACUUGUCUUCUAUGAAGACGGACUUGCCAUGAGGUUGAAUUUCAUGCUGGUUUGUAUUUUUGUAAGUGUUUGGACCAAACCUUCAAUAAAUCACCCAUUCUCAUGGGGCAUGGUAGCUCACACUUGUAAUCCCAGCACUGGGGGGUGGGGGUGAAGGUGGUGAGCAGGAAGUCGGCUUGGGUAAGGGAGACCCUGUCUCAAAAAAACAAACAAACAAACAAACAAACAAACAAAAAAAAAAACAGAGGCCAGUGAGAAGGCUCAGCAAGCUAAAGCCUUGACCACCAGAGUUCAGUCCUUGGAACCCACACGGUGGAAAGAGAGAACAGAUUCCUGGAAGUUGUCCUUUAAACAUGCCACAUGGCGUGUCAAUGAACAUGACACAUGAAAAGACACACUCGCACACACAUGAAUAAUAAACUUAUGUUAAAAAUCA